CCCUGAUACUCAGGAUCUCUGCUCCAUACUGCCAUCAUCAUCAAGAUGAAGCGCGUUCUGUUUGGCAUCUUGCUCGGGCUGUGUCUCUAUGCUGCUUCUGCUUCUGCGGCAGACGUCACCGAACGACCGUAUGAGCUUAUCGUUCAACGCGACUCAGACACUCUGAAAUGCUCGCACCUCGCGCUGCACGAUACUCAGCACUUCAGAGGUCUUCCUGAGUCAGGAUACUUGAAGAGCAAGGUUUUGGAAACGGGCGAAGAGAGAACCCAGUUCAUAGCUGAGACAGAGGAGGACGUCUGGGAGCGUGCAGAAUCGCUGUGUGGGCCGAGAGAAACUUGGGACUUCCAUACCCUCAUCCGCUCUACGGCCACUCCCUAUGAUGCAAGCCAGGCCGUGCUCCGUCCCCAGCAAAGUACUUCUCCACAACUCGAAGUCUUCCCGCUCAUCACGUCCGGGGACUCGAGCAACCGUGUGGACCUUGUCUUCUUUGCAGACGGCUACACGGCGGAGGAGAAGGACAAGUUCCUCGAUGACGCCUUCCGCCUAGCUGAGGACAUCUCGGGCAACCAGACCUUUUACACCGUCAAGCCGCUCCUCAACUUCUGGGCCGCCUUCGUUCCGAGCAAGGAGAGCGGCGUUGGCGUCGGCGGCGAGCCUAAGGACACGGUAUUCGGACUAUACCGCCCUGGCACCGAACUUCGUGGAGUGUACUAUAGCAAACCUGAAGUUGCGCGUGAGGCUUGCGAUGCUCUUGGGACACAAUGCGACUACCCUAUUCUCAUGGGCAACGAUCCUCUUUACGGAGGGCUCGGCGGUGAAUUUACGGUAAUCACACCAUCUCUCGCCAACGGUCCACUAGUCCUGCGGCACGAGCUAGGCCACUCCGUCAUCGACGUCGGAGAAGAGUACGACGGCGGCUUCGCCUAUUUCGGCGUAAACGCCGCACACAACACAACUACCUCCGGGAUACCCUGGACGCACUGGCUUUCGCCCGCUCCCGACGCCCACGCCCACGUCCAUGACGAUGCCGAGCAUCACCAUGGACACGUAUACGGGGCAGCCGAAGCCGUGAAGCCCAAAGACGACAUUCGCGUCGAGCGCGCCGUGAUGCCCCUCCAAGACUACGCCUGGACGCUGCUCAACACCUCCGCCCCGUGGUCGACCAGGUUCAAUUCCUCUGGACAGUACGCCUGGCACCUCGUCCGCUUCUCCCUCUCCGGUCUGCCCAAUGCCACGGACCUUGUCGUCUCACUUGACGGGAAGGACCUACACUGGGCGCCACGUGCGGACGUUGGCGUCGACAGAUGGCACUACGACGUCAAGCUGAACUCCACGCUCAGCGGAGGCGAGCAUGAGGUUACGUUUGAGCUAAAGAAUCAGAAGAGGGAAGGCGAGGCGCAGCUGUGUAGUGUGGAGGUGCUGGAGUUCGGAGACGAGAACGAAUUUGUCACGACACCCGGCCAUUACAGCCUCUACCCAACCUUCUCCGAGAAGAACGAGACGACAUACCGCCCGACGAACGAAGACUGCCUCAUGCGCAUCGUCACGACGCCCAACUUCUGUAAAGCCUGCGUCGAAGGCCUCUGGCACGCCCUCCUCCGGCGCGUCUCUCUCGUGGACUCUCUCACCCCGUCCUGCUCUCAAUCCACCCUCGAGCCGGAACGCGUGCUCGACCUAUCGCUCGUCCCGCUCGCGCACCUGCGCGACGCCCCCGUGGGUGUUGAAGAGGGCUACGCGAUCACGUGGGUCAGAGACGGGGUCGAGGUGCCGGCGUUCGCGAACCAGACGCGGCUCGUGGACGAUGCGAACACCGUGGGCAGCUACGUCGCGCGCGUGAAGUAUUGGACGGAGGAGGUGAAGGUGGAUCCCGAGGGACUGUUGGAGACCAUCGUGGGGGUCGUCGUCACGACACGAUGUUUUUAAAGUUUUGGUGGGACGUGUAAGAGCUGUGUAGGAUGUGCGUCUUGAAAGCCUUGUACAGUUGUACGCGAAGCAAAUUCGAUGGUAGCACUCGCUGCCUUUGUC